UGGGUUCCUCCACUUGAAACGCCAACAUCAGUGGAUGCUCAGCUUUGCCAAGGACCUGAGGCCGGGAGCCCAGAGCAAGGAUCUCCGUGCAGGCAAUAUGGCCAGUCUUCUGGAGCAGGCGUUGGCUACUCUCGUGUGCACCUUUCAGGAGUAUUCACAGUUCUCUGGAAACCCGCUCUGCCAGGCGAAGUUCAAGGAACUCCUGGAGAAGGAGCUGCCUACCUGGGCCCCGACGACGCUCCGGGAGUGUGACUACAAGCAGUUCAUCAGCGUCCUGGACACCAACAAGGAUUGCCAGGUGGAUUUUGUGGAGUACAUGCGCUUGCUCGCCUGCCUCUGUAUCUACUGCCAUGAGUACUUCAAGGACAGCCCCCUGAAGCCCUCCUGCGCCCAGUAACCGAGCCGCUCUGGCUCUGCCCCGAGGUCAUCCUGGGCACGGCAGCUCUCCCCUUCCCAGCCCCCGGGGCCCCUCCUUCUAGACUCUCCCAGGUUUGCCCCUGGUGUGUCAACCCAUGAGUCCAGGAAACACGAGGGGACCAUCCCCAGAACCACAGCUAGUGAUCUGAAGAGCAGCCAGCCGCUGCCUCCCCCCACCAGCCACAGCGGUGGUGGCUGUCAAGGCUCAGAAGAGCAUGUCUGGGAGACAGAUUGUGGCGGCAAAGGCCUCUUUUGUUUCUAAUAAAGAACUGGCAUCA